CUCUGCGCCAGCUUUAUCAACCAACGGGAUGCGUGGCUCGCCCGUCCUCUCGGGCCAGACGGCGCCCCGAGCAUGGGAGGGUGGCUGCUGAACAGGAAUCGCCUUGUCUUUCAUCUGACAGGUUGCCUAGAGGUCCCUAUGACUUAGAUCCUAGCUCAGAGAUGGAGGUCCCAGGCUCAUCUUCCGCCAUCUCUGAGCAGCAGCUGCGGCGGCAAGAGGGACUGAGCAACACCAGAGCAGACUCGGCCAAGCAGAGUCUCAUCUCUUCUGAGGAAUGGCUCCAACUGCAUGGGCUUAAGAGCAACAAAUUGACCUUGAAACAGAUUUUGUCGCAGAUUGGAUUUCCACAUUGUGAAGAUUAUGUGACGUCUCUGGGGAGACUUGUGGCUUCCCGGUAUGCAGACGGCCUGUUUCCACGGAUCUACACAACGGAAGAUGGCAGAGUGUACAAUUUGACAGCCAAAUCAGAACUGAUCUAUCAGUAUGUGGAACACUUAACACAAGCUUUGGAGAGCUACAAGCAGCGGAUGGACUGGCUCACCAGCAACAGCCGGCAGAUAUUCGGUGUCAUCUUGGAACGGUGCAUCACCAUAGUGCUGGAUUUUGGCGGCAUGCUGGAGGAGGAGCUUAAUCUGUGCCAAGAUGCUCUAAUCAUGGUCCUCCAGGAGCAGGUGGCUCACAUAGCCAAGUUCAAUAUCAUAUGGGUUUCUCAAGAGCCUGUGAAAUGGCAGGAAGGUGCUGUUCCUGUGACGGCACAAUCCAUAGCCGCUGCCAUCAGCUGGGUUGAGAAAUCGCCUUUUGAGCUGGCUCUGAGCCAGACUAGCCACUUAGACGCUCUGCUGGAGGCGGGGAAAGAUGAAUCGGUUGAAUCCAUUUAUUACUUUGUGGUGGGGGAUGUUCCAGAGGAAUCCAAGGAGCUUCUCCUUCAGAGGGCUUUGGAGAUCCCAUAUCCUGUCUGCACGGUGUCCUUCAAUGCCAGACAAGAGGGCACGACAGCUUUCUUAAAGGAUCUGAGUGCCAAGACCCGAAGCAGAUUCCACCCAUUCGCAGAGAGAACAGAGUGCGUGGAACUUCCCGCCUUCCCCGUUAAGGAUGGCGACAGUGUGAUUACUUGGAAUUCAAGGAAGCUGAGAGGAAAACUCCCUCCAGGAGCUGGGGUCAGAGAGGACGUGUUUCUCAUCUGGAGGGAGAUGCAGGAAGCCAGCAGUACGUUGGCCCAGAUCCAGAGUCUGGUGGCUGAGCCUCCCAAUACCGACGUGACCACAACAGACCACGGAGCAACCUCUGCCGAAAAUGAGUCGAAUCCAGAAGACUCCUGGGACUCUGAGAAGUGGCUACAGAAAUAUGGUUUGAAAUCCCAGAAGCUGUCAUUUUAUGAUGUCAUUGCUGACUGCUCCUUCCGCCAUGCUGAUGGAGUUGUUGAUAUAAAAGCCAAACCAGAGAACGAGUCGGUGCAGACCAGUGCGGAGACCAGCAAGAAGACAGUGCAUGCGAAAUACUGCAGCAGAUUUGUCCACGCUCCCUGGAAGGAUGGGAGCUUGGUCCACGUCUGCAUUACCAAGGAGAAGUACACAUGGUACAGUGAGAGAAUUCAUGCAGUCCUGGCCCGGAUCCGGAGGAGGAUUAAACGGCUACAGAAUGGGAGUCAAGUCCUUUUUGGAAAAGUGCCUAGUGAUUGUGUCUACAUUCUCAUUGACACGUCUCACUCAAUGAAGGGGAAACUGGACCUGGUGAAGAACAAGAUCAUCCAGCUCAUACAGGAGCAGCUGAAGUAUAAAAGGAAAUUCAAUUUUGUGCAGUUUGAUGCUCAAGCCGUUGCUUGGCGGGAAAAACUUGUUGAAAUUGAUGAGGAUAAUUUGAAAGGGGCCCAGGCCUGGGUUAGAGACAUUAAGAUUGGAAGUUCCACAAACACCUUGAGUGCCCUGCAAAUUGCUUUUGCUGAUAAAGAAACACAAGUAAUCUACCUUUUGACAGAUGGGAGACCUGACCAGCCACCUGAAAUGGUUAUAGAGCAGGCCAAAGGUUUUCAGAAAGUUCCUGUUUACACCAUCUCCUUCUGUUACAAUGAUGAGAUUGCAAAUGGAUUUUUGAAAGAGCUUGCUUCUUUGACUGGAGGAGAGUUCCAUUCUUACAGUUUCGGUUACAAGGAUCCCUGUCCUCCAGAGGCUGUUCAGAAUGAAGAUCUGACUCUUUUAAUUAAGGAAAUGGAGCAGGGACGCAGUGACCUGGAGAAGGUACAAGACCUUUACUCGGAGUCCUUGGUCAUGGACUGGUGGUACAACGGAGAAAAGGACGGAGACAAGCAUCAAAAAGAAAUCUGUUCCAUUGUUUCAACCCCAGAAAAAUGUGCAAAAUCUCAUGCUGAUGUCAAAUCAACACGAAUGUUGAAAGUACCAGAGGACCUGUCAAGUCAAAAGAUUCAGAAAAAGAAAGUCCUCCACGCAGAACCAACCAAAACCAGCCUACUCAGGAGCCAGCUCUCCACCCUCAGGAGCUCAGCUUGCAGUGAGAGGAAGGACGGCCUUUCCAAUUCCAGCAGCUGGAACACUCCAAGCGACAGAGAAAUGGGCAUCCUGCUGACAAAUGAGUUUCCAGAUGACAAGUCAUUAGAAAGAUUGACUCGAGAAGGAAACCAAGUUUAUGACCAAGAUUCUGCAGGAAUGUCUUCAGCAAACUGGCUCAAGAUCCAUGGCUUGGCGGCCAAGAAGCUCACCAUCAUGGAUGCUUUGUCCAUAGCCGCCGUCCCUCACAGCCCCACCUAUGUCCCCAUUCUGGACAAGCAUGUCAUUUCCAAGGUCUUUGAUGAGGUGUUCCCUCUGGCACAUGUAUGCAAUGACACAAAUAAGAUGACUUUAAUUAACCCCCAAGGAGUGAAGCUCAAUAUCUACAAGCAAAAAGUGGAACAGGCAAUUAAGUCCUAUGAAAAGCGCCUGAAUAAAAUUGUUUGGCAAGCAUUAUCUCAAGAGGAAAAAAAAAAGUUAGGUGCAAACAAACCAAUGCGUUACUUAGAAAACAAGGCAGCUUUAAACAAGGCAUUAGAACGGUUGAAUUGGCCCAUUUCAUUGAAGGAGCUGUCAGUGCUGGAGAAUGAAAUCCUAGCUGGGAAAAUGUACGUGCAGCAGGCCAUGGAGCUCCAGGAGGGUGCCAAGAAGGAGAAUCAUGUGAGCAGGGCGCUUGAAGAGCAACAGAAAAUUCAAGGAAUUCCAACAAAGAAAAACAAAUCCAAAAAAUUAGAUCCACUCAAAGGCCAGAAGGUUAUUGCAAGAUGUGAUGAAAAUGGCUUUUAUUUUCCAGGGGUUGUGAAGAAGUGUGUGAGCCCCACCCACGCGCUCGUGGGCUUCAGGUACGGAGACACCAAGGUCGUGCCCAUCUCGUUCAUCACACCUGUGGGGGGCGCCAUGCCCUGCCCACUGCUCCAGGUUGGAGAUUAUGUGUUUGCCAAAAUUGUGAUACCACAAGGAUUUGACUUCUAUGUCCCCGCCAUUGUCAUAGCAGUUCCAAAUCAAGAUGUGGCUGAAGAUAAAGUCUACACAGUUUUAAAAUGUAACAACCGGAGAGAAUUUUGCCCUCGGAGUGCACUUAUUAAGAUCAGCCAAAACAAAUAUGCUCUCUCUUGCGCUCAUAUUAAGUCACCCCCAAUUCAGGAGGAUUCAAAAGUGGAAGACACGGAGAUAAAGAACUCUGCUCUCCUAAUAUGGCCAAUCAAAGAAGUUAACACUGGGAAUUUACAAGCACUAAGACAGGAGAACCCUAGAAGGAAGAAAAAGAAAGCCACCAAGAGGCUACCUCUCCAGGAGAUGGUCUCCUCGGACUCAGAUGACUCUUCCCAUGGAAACAGGUCCCAAGAGUCCUACCCCAAAACACACCCCAAGCCCAGUAACGCUGACAUCCACUUCCCCAGAGAAGGUCCUCAGCCUGGGGUCUAAGAGUCAACCAGCCACGCCAUCGCUGCCACACCUCCACCUUGAGCAGCCCCGCCCUGCCCUUACAAAGCCACCCACAGCAGCAAAGGGCUGGGGAGCAUCGCUGAGAAACGUGAAAGCAGUCUUGUGGCAACCAUGUGUAAGAGAACCAGUGUUCCUCCUGGGCUGCCCUCAGCCACCCGACAUUGUGGAACUAGCCCCUCCGCUGAGGCUGAAGGCAUGACAGGGGACAUGAGGGGCAGGAGAUCUGGCUGGAAAGAGAGCCAGAACCUGAUAACAGAAGUUGGUCGUUGGUGA